UUACGAUACUUCUGAAAAAAUGUAUCGAUAUUCAAUGGACUAAAUUGUCAUCAAUUUUCUUGCAUCUCCCGAGUUGGUUUCUGAAACUUAUUACAUAAAUAGGACUAGUAGUAAACAAAAAUGUUACGUCCAUCUAUUUUAUCCAAAACCAUACCCAAGUGUCUGCAAAUAGCAUGUCACAAUUCGAAUGCGCUAUCUGUAGUGCCUCAAUUGAAUGGUUUUUUGGUUCGUCGACAACAAACUCUGCCAGUUGUGGACUCGUCUCAAGCAUUAGAAAAAAAAGGCUACUCGCCGUUUGGCACUAAGCAAACUUCUGUGGCCGAGUGGUCAUUAGCAAGACUCGAUGAUCUGUUAAAUUGGGGUCGUAAAGGAUCAAUAUGGCCAUUGACAUUUGGUUUAGCGUGCUGUGCUGUAGAAAUGAUGCACAUCGCCGCACCACGCUAUGAUAUGGAUCGUUACGGAGUGGUAUUUCGAGCAUCACCGCGCCAAGCAGACGUAAUUAUUGUAGCUGGUACAUUGACCAACAAAAUGGCACCGGCAUUGCGUAAAGUCUAUGAUCAAAUGCCUGAGCCACGGUGGGUUAUUUCUAUGGGAAGCUGUGCCAACGGCGGCGGUUAUUAUCACUAUUCGUACUCUGUGGUUCGAGGCUGCGACCGAAUAAUACCUGUCGAUAUUUAUGUCCCAGGCUGUCCGCCUACCGCAGAGGCUCUGAUGUACGGUGUCUUACAGUUGCAGAAAAAAGUAAAACGCAUGAAGACUCUUCAGAUGUGGUACAGAAAAUAAAUCAAAUCUGAAAAUGAUUAUUUAAAUUAAAAAUGCCAUGAAUAUUAAAUACGAUGAAGAUAACAUAUUAUAUGUAUUCAAUUUAGGAGAAACAUUUUCUUGUUCAAGAUCAGAUUUGUUUUUCAUGUACAGUUUUUGCAUAUUUGGGACAUGUACAUAUGCACAUCGUUAAAAUGUGUAAUUGGAUAAUCUGAAAAAAUAAAUGCUUGGCUCAGUG